CAAAAAAAAUGGAAGAAAAAGAAAGAGAGAAAAAACUAAAACAGAAGAAGGAGAAGGAGAGAGGAGAAGUGAUUCGAUCGAUUCUCUUUUUCGUGGUCGAAAGCUAAAUCUAUUAGGAAUCUGAAUCUUGUAUGAGUUUUUUUUCCCGGAAAUGAGAAGCGGCGGCUUGGAAAUGAUGUCAUCUUCGGCGGCAGCAAUCGUAGCGUUUAAUUUGAAGGAGGCUACGAAUUGGUGGUCGGAUGUGAAUGAAUCUCCGGUGUGGCAGGAUCGUAUCUUCCAUGUUCUUGCUGUUCUAUAUGGAAUCGUUUCCGUCAUUGCUGUGAUUCAAUUGGUAAGAAUACAAUUGAGAGUUCCAGAAUAUGGCUGGACGACGCAGAAGGUCUUUCAUUUUCUCAAUUUCUUGGUGAAUGGAGUUCGAGCUCUGGUUUUUGUUUUCCGUCGAGAUGUACAGAAUAUGCAGCCAGAGAUUCUGCAACAUAUCUUACUUGACAUUCCAAGUCUUGCUUUCUUCACUACAUAUGCGCUUCUUGUUCUCUUUUGGGCAGAGAUUUACUACCAGGCACGUGCUGUUUCCACUGAUGGACUGAGGCCAAGUUUCUUCACAAUUAAUGCAGUUGUAUACGUAAUUCAGAUUGCUCUUUGGUUGGUUUUGUGGUGGAAGCCUGUUCACCUUAUGGUAAUCAUUUCUAGGAUGUUCUUUGCAGGUGUCUCAUUGUUCGCGGCCCUUGGCUUUUUAUUAUAUGGAGGAAGGCUUUUCCUGAUGCUGCAACGAUUUCCAGUAGAAUCUAAAGGGCGGCGCAAGAAGCUGCAAGAGGUUGGCUACGUGACAACCAUAUGCUUUACAUGUUUCCUCAUCAGAUGCAUCAUGAUGUGCUUUGAUGCGUUUGACGAUGCAGCAGAUCUUGAUGUCUUAGAUCAUCCAAUCCUAAACUUCAUAUAUUACCUGCUGGUGGAGAUAUUGCCUUCGUCUCUGGUCCUCUUUAUCCUAAGAAAGCUUCCACCAAAACGCGGAAUCACACAGUACCAUCAAAUCCAAUGAACAUGUUCAGAGAAUCGAAACACUGAGGUAACUAUGGUUCCUCUACUGAGAUGAUACAAUACCAGAGAAAAACAUAAGAAACAGCUGAAAAAGGGGUCAAAAGAUGAACUGUCUCUCUUUUUUUUUUUUGGUUAAAACCGGAAGUUAAUAUCUUGUAGGUACCGGUAAACCGAAGGGUUCUUGUUCCUUUCAUAGACAAAAUGUACAUUGUAAGGGAUUGCAGAACAAUGGGUUGUAAUUUCUUUCUAACUAAUUGAAUGUGGUUGAUUAGUAUA